AUGGGAAAUAAAGCUAUUCCUCAAUAUCUUAAAGGCAAACCAUAAACUAGCAUACCCCCAACAAUAUCAAAUCCUGUUUAUACUAAAUAGGAUGCCCCACCAAUCAGUCCUGAGCUGGCUAAGGCUCAUGCUGAUCAGCAAUUAGAGAACUAGUAGGGCAGAGUUAGCAUGCUUUAGAAGUUAUUUGGUAAAAACUAAUAAUAGAAAGCAUAAUAAGAUUCAAAGAGGGUUCAAGACAUUCCCAGAAUAAAUCUCAAGGGAGAGAAAGUAUAUCAUUCAUCUCAUCCAGAGACAUCCCCGGGAGCGAUUGAGCGUCAGCUUUAUUAAAUCGAUAAGGGUCCAAGAAUGCUUCCUAGAAAGUAGAGGUUCAAAGUGUGGUUUGCUUUGAUAAUGAUAGGUGGUUGGUUUGUUGGCUGCUUCUCUCUAAUCGCUUAUAGAUUGAAAUCAGAUGAUUUGGAAUUGAUGGAGAGAGAAGUCUAUGAAGAGCUCAAAAAGAAGAAAGAGGUCGAAAGGUUUCUAGAAAGAUAGAAGAGAGAAGACAUAUUAAGAAAAGAUGAUAAUGUUUUGCUACAAUCAACUAGGAGUAUAUCAAAUCUAAGCAGAAAAGAUGAGUUUGAUGGCAAGUUAGACGCUUUAAAAAUCUAAGAUGAAUUAGCGAAUGAGAUUAAAAACAGCAGCAAGCCAGAUAAAAGUGGAAUCUGA